UGUCAGAGUGAGCAGAGACGCGGCGGAGCGAAGAGCUGAGGCUGAAGUGACUGAUGAGGAGCGAGUGUCACGCGGUCACUGAGUGUGUGUGUGUGUGUGUGUGUGUGUGGCCUGAUCCUGUGGGUGACUGACUCACUGUCUGUCUGUCUGUCUGUCUGACACGGGCACAGUCGCGCCAUCUGGACGCAGAGAGUGACGCGUCCAAAAACGGCUCCUGUUGGCGCGGAGUAAAGAGACAGAGCGGGUUUGGUUUGGACGUGCAUGCGGGGAUCUCUCUCCCUCUCUGUGCGGUGGGCGGAUGACAUGCCCACGUUUGAAGGAGGAGAAGAAGAAGAAUCGUGAGUGAUAUCGGAGACGACUGCUUGAUUUCAUCCAGGAGAAAAAAAACAAAAACAAAUCCACGAUUUCUUUUUUGGGUUGCCCAGGACGCAAAUGUCUCCACGGCACACACUCACGCCUGGAUUGUAGCAGCAGCAGCAGCAGCAGCUUUGGACCCACAGAUGGUUUAAAAGGGCGUUAAGGUGCGGGAAGGGAGUGGGACAUUUCCAGGAUGAGUGAGCGAUACACACACAUCGGAAGUAAAGGGGCUCUACUUGUAAUGGUGCUUGUGGUCAGUGUCUGGGAGAUGACUGUACCAACGGAGGGAGCUACAGUGCACCAUGUCCGAACAGGCACCUGCGAGGUGGUGGCGCUGCACCGCUGCUGCAACAAGAACAAAAUUGAAGAGCGGUCGCAAACGGUGAAGUGCUCCUGCUUUCCCGGGCAAGUGGCUGGAACCACCAGAGCCGCCCCGUCGUGUGUAGAUGCCUCGAUAGUGGAGCAGAAGUGGUGGUGUCAGAUGCAUCCAUGCCUUGACGGCGAGGAAUGCAAAGUUCUUCCUGAUCUGAAGGGCUGGAGCUGUGCCACAGGGAACAAGAUCAAAACUACUAAGAUUUCUGCGGACAGAGACCAGCUUUGGUAACGACACAUACUUCACAGCAGAGUCCAGGGGAAUCAACAGGUCUGGCCUUUACUAAAUCAUCAAGAGAGAAGAGAAUAAUGCAGAGGACUUUUCUGUAAAUAGAGACUGCCUUUCUUUUGGACUGCAAUUAUUCCUUGGGAAACGCUGAAUGCUUCGUCUUAAACUCUGGACAUCCAAAAGAGGAGUCGAUCCUAUUUAAGUACUGAUCGGACAACACUUCUCUUUGAAGGACCCCAUAUGAUAAGCCUUAUAGAGGACAACAGGAUUUAUUCUCUGACUGUACUGCUUGUAGUGGAAUACAAUGGUGAACUUUGCCUAUAUGUUAAUUUGUAGUAUUAUGGUCUUUCUAGGGGAUUUUGCAUCACGGUAGGAUCACAGAAGGUGAACAGCAGAUCAGUAUGUUGUACGCACUGCAAAUCUUCAGAAAAUUGUGAUUUUGUUUCAUCAGUCAAGUGUGACUUUCAUCUCUGGCUAACUGGAGUUUCAAAGGGUCAAAUAUAGAUGAAAAGGUGUAGAUAGGCAGCAGGUGUUCAGGGUCAUCUUCAAAGAAAUACACAACCUCAUCCAUCAACACAUCAAUUAUUUAAAGUAAAGAAAUGAAAAAUAAAAAAUAAUAAGGUGCUGAAAUUUAAUUUUUAUUAGAGUAUUUUAUCAAUUGCUGUGUACUUCUGGGGACAUUUUGGUCUCCAGAAGGAACUGCAGAGUGAGCGCUCUUCACUUUUAACUUUGUAACGCGAACGUCUUCACCUGCCUAUGUCCACGGCAGUAGGAGCAGCCCGGUGUUUUGAGACCAUGCCGUUCAUACAUGCCGACUGCAACAUCUCCAAAUAGACUUUACAGUACGCUUCACUCUUAUUUUGGUCUCAGCGGAGACAAAAAAAAAGACAUUGUUAACGAUGGACGCUUGCUUGAGCUUAUGCGAGGAGUUCCACACACAUCUACAACCCAUUGCUCAGAGAAUACAACAUUGAGUACAUAUCCAUCACGAGGUAAGUAUGGAUGAAGCUGUGGCCAUGUACGCACAGGUUUCAAUGUGAAGUGACUCUCUGUGGACACUGAACACGGACAGUAUGGAGGAGGGGCCCUUUCACUGCUUUAUUGGAGUACAAUCAUUCUAGUACAUCAAGUUGUCCUGUCUGCUUGGUAAAGAUGUUCGUGAUCAGUCAGGCAGACAUGAUCCCAGACCCACAGUGAGUCUCAAACACCAGCUUUAGGCCCGACCCCACUUCUUAUUUUUUACCUAUACCCCUUGCCACUUGAAACUGGGUUAAAAUCUCGUGACACCCCUUCAACAACAUAACAUGUCGUUAUACAUAAGCAGAUGCAUCAUGUUUUUGGUUGAGAAGAAAAUGCUUUUGUCAUCUGUCGCUUUCUAACAAAUGUGGACGAUAGGCCGUAUAAAGUGCUUGUCCACAGCAGAGUGGACACGUCAGAAAACAAAGCUUAAGAAUACGGACGGACCACUUUCUUCAAGAGACUGCAGACCAAUUUUGCUGUGGUUAACGUGGCUACACAACAUGCUAACCACUGAUCUCAUAGCCCACCCAGGUUAGGGGGUAGGGCUAUGUGGUAGGACCAAGGAGUUACAGUGGAUACAGUCUCUUGCUUUGUUACGUUUCAUAUUAUUAAUUACAUGAACGUUGGUGUAUAUUCAAUGAACUAAUCAUUGAAUAGUUGUACUUAACAUAACUGACAAAAUGAUUCAGUUACAGGCUUAAAUGACUCCGAUCUACCAGCUAAAAAAACAACAAAAAACCCUGAAACUUUGAUCCAGGUGUGCUUUAUGUUUCCUAUGCUUUUGAAACUAACAUUUCCUGCCGUGUUUUUUUUUUAAUUUGUAUUAUUUCUAUCACAGCUUGAGUUAUUACAGCAGUGCAAAUUAAAACACAGAGCAUCUUGGUGAUCACAUGCUUGGUGAUAACAGCAAUGUUGCUGAAACUCUUCUAAACUAGUUACUCAAGUGUGAUUUGCUGAUCACCUUUCAGUAGGUAUCGCUAACACUUCUUUUGUCCGUGUAAGUGAUAACAUCAGUAAUAAACUGUCGGUUGUGUAACCAAA